GAUUUUUGCCCGAAUGCUGUUCGGGUGAAUAUCGGAUGGUAUUCGGCCGGUUCCCGAGCUCCUAGGCAAGGCGAAUCUUCAGAAUCUGAAGGAGUUAAUCCUGAACAGCCAGCAAUGGACGACAGUAGGCUCUUUACCGUUGGUUUUGAUGAUGAGCCACCAACAUCCCCUCUUAAGCAGCCGAAGAAAACCAAAAGGAAGAGGCUGAGGAAAGCCGGUCAGGGCACAUCCUCCCAAUCCGCCCCUCUAAUUCCUGAGCAGUCCGAGCCUGUCCGGGAUGUAGAACCUGUUCAGCAGGUUGACCCUGAUCAGCAAUCUUCACAUGCUGAUAUGCUGAUGGAUCAGCUCUUCUCUGAUCAGCAGCCUCAUCACUUUUCUGCUGAGGAAGUGGCUGCCAAUCAGGCUGAUCUGGCGAGCCAGUUCGAGCAGAUCUCCC